UUGCCCAGAAGCAGGUAACUAUAAACUAUAAGCUUCACUGGCCCUCCCACCGUUCAUCCAGUACACCGUCAGCAGUCGGUGCAGUCACACGCUCUUAUCGCUCCACACGGCGAGAGAUAGGACCGUCAUUUCCUCGACGCACUUAACACACACACGCGCAUUCACCGCCACCACAUUUUUAUUUAUUUUUUAACAAUCACACACACACCGGGAAGAAAUAAGAGGGUUUUUUUCUUAUUAUUAUUCAAUUUUUCGUGCGGGAGUUCAAACACACGCAAGAUAUUGAAUUGUCUUGUUCGAUAUUUUUUAAAUGUCGUCCCACACUCCCCCCGAAGACGGUGAUGAAGAUCCCCAAGUGAUUUGAAAUCCCCAAAGUGCUGCUGCUCUUCUUCUUCUAUUUGAAAUUUCCCCCCAUUUUGCCAAUCGAAGAAGAGAAACGAAAUUGACGUUCGGAAAAGAAAAAGGUUUUAAACGAGUUUUUAGUAGAAGAAGAAGAAGAAGAUAAGGAAAAGAAGACCAAAAAGAAAGAGGACGAAAUGUCUUUGGAAAUGUACUCUCAGUUCGGCUCCAGUGAUCUGAUGGGCAACGCGGACGCUCAUGGAUAUUACGCGCCGGCCGCCUACGUCGUUCACGACGUUUACCACCACUCGACGGGUUUUACGGCCGAGGAAGGCGUCCGCAUCAGUAGCAGCAGCAACAACAAUACCAGCGCUACCAACCACGGAAACAAUCAUGGCGGCAACAACAACAACAGCUCGGCUUCUUACGACGACACGAAUUGCCAGAGUCCCGUCUCGGCUCAGUCGUGGGCCAGUCUGAGGUCACCCAGUUCAUCUCCGCGGCUGCUGACGGAAUUGACGCGGACCGGCAACGACCCGCUGCCGCAUUCGCAUCAGCACAGCCGACUGGCCACUCCGGGACCUUCCAGCAGCACCCCCAUCGGAUCCGUCGAUUAUUGCCUACUGGGCAUGGAUGGCGGCGGUGGUCCGGCGUCGGUGGUGGCGUCCGACGACAAGUACAGCGCGUCCGUCGCCACCGAUCAGGAAGAAUCGAACGCCGGCGAGUUUGGCGGCCCUUCGUCCUUGUGGACGGACGACGGCGAGUCGGAAGCGACGAUGGAAUCCAAUUCGGCAGCGCUGGAAUCUUGCGCCAGCCCAUCGGCCGAAGCCAAAUCGUCGUCGUCCGCCCAGCAGAAACGGCAGCGCAAGACGCGGACGCCGCGGACGCCGAAAAACAACAGCGGCGGAAGCAACAGCAGCAGCGGAAGUCGACGUCGCUCGACCAAAGUGCCGACCGUCGAGGUGGUCAAGAAGCGCCGGUUGGCCGCCAACGCCAGAGAACGGCGGCGCAUGAACAGCCUGAACGACGCCUUCGAGAGACUCCGAGAGGUCGUGCCCGCGCUGGGCAGCGACCGCAAACUUUCGAAGUUCGAAACGCUUCAAAUGGCACAGACUUACAUCGGCGCCUUGGCCGAACUUCUCACGAGGCACUGAUGAUCCGCCGUCCGUCUCCAUUAGGCCUACUACAUCCCAAUAGGCCUACAAUGUAACGUAAACUUUGCAGCAAUAUUCAUUCAUAGUUAUUAUGUAACCACAAAAAUUUAAAAAAAUUAGCCUUUUAUAAAUGUACUUAUCACACAACAUCUCCAACCGAUUCCACACUUCCAAAUAAGAGCAGCUAAUUCUAACGAAUUGACUAUAUAAUAUAGAAAAUGAAUAACUAUAACUAAAAACAAAAUAUAUAGAGAGUUGAAAACGAUCUAUAAUUUUAUUGUGAGAUAUAGCAAAUUUUUGAUAGUUAUAUUAUAAAUACAUAUUGGAUUGUUGUUAUUAUAUCGUUUCUCGUUCCAGCCGAUUGAUGAGAACGUAUUUGUCCCCCCCGAAUUGAAAUGCCACUUUUUGUUCAAUUUCGUUUUUCGGUUCAAAAAAUUUGGUUUUGUUUUGUUUUGUUUGAUCAUUGGUCUUUAAUUGUUAUUGCCACUUGUUGCUGAGACUUAUUAUUAUAUGAUUUGUUACGUGCUGCUGCUGCUCUAAUACCGAUGAUGACAUAUUGAAAAUGGAAACCCUUUGGUUGUGUUUUGAACGAUAUAACGUUAUGCGAUAUUUUGUUGUUUUCGGCGAUCCCAUCGAAUGGCGCGUGAUCGGCUUCAGCGAAGGAAAAAAUUAAAUGUUAAAUGGUUAAAUCCCCCCCGAAAAAAAUGACAAAAUGCUCGAGAUCCAAAUUGUGUUUGGUUUUAACCAGAUCAACCCUGAAAAAAGGUUCACUAGUCCCUCUACAUAUAUGACGCGAUGAUGAUGAAGAACAAAAAAACUCCUCACAAAAGUACUGAUGAUUAUAUAUUUAAUGCGAUUACAUGAUAGAGAUUGCCUUUUUUCGACUUCUUCUUCUCCUUCCUCCUCUUAUUCUUUUGAAUCGAAUAAUUGGAUAGUUGGAAGUAAAAAGCUUUUCUGUUCUUCUUUUUUAACCUUUCUGCGCUCUCAGCUGACAAAAGCAAUCCAGUGUUAAUGAUGAUGGCAUUCUUUUUAAUGUCUUGUCCUUCUCUUCUCUCUACUCUACUCCUGCCCGAAAAAAAAAAAUGAUGACCUUUUUCUCUCUCGUGUCUCUCUCUUCUUGUUUGGCGCAAUAAUACAAAAUAAAAGAGA